UUAAACAGCCGCCAAAAGUCGAUGCCGAAAUACGCGUUCUGUUCGAGUGCUGGGCAUACGUAAAAUUCCAUUUCUUUGGCCUCUUCUCGAUACACCACUGUUCCAGACUGCCCUUGCCUAGCACGCUUACCGAGGCCCCGGUAUCCAGCAAACCGCGUAGCACGUGGCCUCGUACCAGUACUUCGGCAAAAAUCCUCGGAUCUGCUGCUCCUUCGCGUCGCACUGCCUCGGCUACCAGCUUCUUCGUCUGCCUUCUCACUCGGAAUCGUGCUCGGGCCUUUUUAACUUUGGCUGUCACCAUCCUCAUCCCAUCUAACUGAUGUUGGGCAAAAAUUCUAUUACGCGCCUCCAGAUAUGCCCGCAUCUUUUCCUCGUACGGACCGCUCCGCUGUCAUCCUGGUGGGCACCUGUGUCGAGCGCGAUUCGCCCACUUGCUCCGCACUCCGACGGCCGUUUCCCGUGCAAUCGGGACAGGUUGGACUAUAGGUGUCGGGCCUGCCACACCUAUAACAGAAGACGCGCCUUUCCGGUGACAUGCAGUCGCGGAAACUAUGGCCGGCUUGUCUGCAGUUCCAGCAAACUAACGCCUGUUGCGGACGCCUUGCCAAACGCGCCUCUUCAACUACGCCGAAAUCCGCCGACUCCUCGCCGUUAGUGUCGUCGAUCAACUCCUCCACUGCCGGUGGACGGUUUCCGCCACUAAAACGUGUGCCGCUGCGUGUUGGGAACACGCCUUCUCGCCGCUGGACCAUAGCUUCCACCUCUACGCAUUCGUCACAUGGUGCUGUGUGGAGACGCGACGCCAGUUUCCUCAUGGCAUGGAAGUACUCCUCAACGCUUUCGCUUGCCUUCUGCCGUCUUUCGCGCAAUUGACGCAUGCGCUCGAAUUCAUCGGCGGCGCCUUUAAAACGGGACAGCAUGCUUCGUUUUAGUUCUGGCCAGCUGUCUGCCCGGUGG